CCCUCCAUAAAAUCCCCCAAAAUUCAAUCAAACAUUUUGCCGGGCAACAGUGAAGGAAGCCCCCCGACUUCCGGCGGAACAUAACCAACUCCAAAACACCUAUUUGUAUUUUGUCAGUGUGUGGUAGUCGCAAAUGAUCACGUGAUCGAAGUGAUCGACUUCAUCGCGUUCAGUGGCCACGAGGUUUUCUGUGGGUUGAAACAUUUGAUAAAAAAAAAAAUUGAGUGUCUCUACGGUGAUUUAAUAGUCGUGGGUGUUUUUACAAAACAGUGUAUUCACCCUCCAUCAUUGAAUUAUUGUACAUUAGUGUGAAAAAUGCCAUCGAGCAAUCCAUUGCCACCAAAAGAGAAUGCAUUGUUUAAGCGAAUUUUGAGAUGCUACGAGCACAAACAGUACAAAAAUGGGUUGAAAUUUGCGAAGCAGAUUCUGUCGAACCCGAAAUUCGCGGAGCAUGGGGAGACCCUGGCGAUGAAGGGACUCACCCUCAAUUGCCUAGGUAGAAAAGAAGAGGCUUACGAUCAUGUACGAAGGGGCUUGAGGAAUGACCUACAGUCACACGUUUGUUGGCACGUUUAUGGAUUGCUACAGAGAUCAGAUAAAAAGUACGAUGAGGCCAUCAAGUGCUACCGUAAUGCACUCAAGUGGGAUAAGGAUAAUUUACAGAUCCUCAGGGAUCUGUCGUUGCUUCAAAUACAAAUGAGGGAUCUUGAUGGUUACAAGGACACUAGAUACCAGUUAUUCAUGCUCCGACCGACUCAGAGAGCCUCGUGGAUCGGCUUCGCAAUAUCAUAUCACCUCCUGAAGGACUACGAGACAGCCCUGAAGAUCCUGGACACCUUCCGCGACUCCCCAAUGAUCUGCUACGACUACGAGCACAGUGAGCUCCUUCUCUACCAGAACCUCGUGAUCCAAGAGUCCGGGGACAGCGAAGCGGCCCUCAAGCACUUGGACAAAUACAGCGAUCAAAUAUGUGACAAAAUAACGGUGAAAGAGACCUACGGAAAACUCCGUCUGGAGCUCUCCCAGUUCGCUGAGGCUGUCCAGGUGUACAAGGAUCUCCUGACGAUAAAUCCAGAGAACACGACUUACUACGCUAAACUGGCGGAGGCUGAACAGCAUGAGAAGCCCGAGGACACUCUGGAGAUGCUCCAAAGAUACGAAGAGCUCUUUCCACGUGCACUAGCACCAAGAAGACUGCAAUUAAACUACGCAAGUGGUGAACAAUUCAAGAAAUUAGUCGAUCAAUAUUUACGAAGGGGUUUGCACAAAGGCGUGCCACCUUUAUUCGUUAAUCUACGCUCGCUGUACAAGGAUCAGCAGAAGGUGGAUACGAUACAGUCACUCUUGCACGAGUAUAAAACUGCACUGAGGAAACAUGGACAUUUUAGUGAUGCUGAAGAGGACAAUCCACGUGAGCCAGCCUCAGCAUUACUCUGGACGUACUACUAUCUUGCACAGCAUUAUGAUUAUCUGGGUGAUCAUGGGAAGGCACUCCAUGACAUUGAUGCUGCAUUGUCACACACACCCACUCUCAUUGAACUUUUUGUUACCAAAGGACGCAUUUAUAAACACGCUGGCAAUGUGCAGGAUGCCUACAAGUGGCUCGAUGAGGCCCAGGAGCUGGACACUGCUGAUCGUUAUAUUAAUUCCAAGUGUGCCAAGUACAUGCUGCGUGCUAAUUUGAUUAAGGAGGCUGAGGAAACGUGUGGGAAGUUCACGAGGGAGGGGGUACCACCUAUGGAGAAUCUUAAUGAAAUGCAGUGCAUGUGGAUACAGACUGAGGCUGCCAAUGCUUAUCAGAGAUUGGGGAAGUAUGGAGAUGCGCUGAAGAAGUGCCAUGAGGUGGACAGACAUUUCUCGGAGAUAAUCGAAGAUCAAUUCGACUUCCACACGUACUGCAUGAGAAAAAUGACUCUUCGUUCAUACGUUGGCCUUCUGAGGUUAGAGGAUGUACUCCGGUCCCAUCCAUUCUACUUCAAAGCUGCUAAAUGUGCAAUAGAAGUGUACCUCCGACUCCACGACAAUCCCCUGCCCGACCCCACGCAGAUCCAGGAAAUCGACACCGAGAACUUGGCGCCAUCGGAGCUGAAGAAAAUGAGGAACAAGCAGCGCAAACAGCGCAGGAAGGCGGAACUUGAGAGACAGCAGGCUGCCCAGGCCCAGGAGAAGAGGGAGCAGCAUAAUAAAUCCCGACAGCAGGCUGAUCCUGACUUUGAACAGCCGACAUUAGACGAAUUGAUCCCCGAGAAACUUGAGAGGGUUGAAGAUCCACUGGAGCAGGCGAUCAAGUUUCUGCAACCCCUGCAGAAUCUCGCGGCUGAUCGAAUAGAGACUCACUUGAUGGCGUUCGAAAUCUACUAUCGUAAAGGUCGAACUCUCCUGAUGCUUCAAUCAAUAAAACGUGCGCAUCGCCUGGACUCAAACAAUCCGGACCUCCACUCCUGCCUGGUGCGUUUCCUUCGGCACACAGGGGCCUCCCCCCUGGAGGGUCCAGUCGCCGAAGUAGUCAGGCAUCAAACCCGCGAGAUCUACUCCAACUCCGACGCAGUGCAAUUCAACAGCGAAUUCCUCCAGAAGAACAAAACCUCCCUUCCCCACCUCCUACAAUGCGCCAGGAUGCUGUACCUCUUGGAUCCAACAUCUCAGUCGAAAGCUCUCUCCCUGGCCACCAGCCUCGACGACCUCACUGGGGUCACUCUGCCAACCUGCACGAGGGUGCUGGAAGCCCUUAGAGCCAACGACUUUGGCCCCUGCGACGCUGCGAUAGACGACUACAUGAACAAGUGUCACAAACGUUUUCCCUAUGCAACUGCAUUCAGACCACCAGAGGCUAAACCACCAGUUCAACUCAAUGCAACACUCAAUCGCCAGGACAAGGAGAACUCCAUCAAGAACUGAUCGUCCAUCACGAUUAUUCAUCAAUAACUCUAGUAAAAACCAACGAGAAUCAACAAGAAUCAAGAUUAAAUAACUAAAACCUCCAGAAGGAUGGAAACAAUUAACUAGAAUUUUUCUCUCUGAAGAAGAUUAAAACGUGCAUGAAACGUUUGUGAGGGUGAGCCUGGGGGAGAUCCACAAUUUUUUCGAUGAAAAUUGGGGUAUUUAGAGCUGCUGGAUAAUGGAUUUUAAGUGCGGAUUAUAGUGAUCAUAUUGGAAUAGUGUCGAUAAUGGAGCGAAGAAAGUUGAUGAGGAUAUGAUGAGGAACAAUCUUUAUGAAAUUAGACAACGCUGGGGUCUGGGGGUCGUUUAUGGAAUUUUAAUGUAAUACCAAGGACUUUAGGUAUGUUCAGUUGAUAAUCGUAUUAUGAGAUAAAUGAUAAUGAUGCACUUGGGGGAGGGGGGGGGGGAGAAUGCCUGGUGAGUGGAUUUAAAGUGCGCAUUUCAACGGUUUAAAUAAAAUGAAAAUUAUAAAUACAAGAUAAUGUAAGACUUUUACGUUUCAUAUGCUCUGGCAUCAUUAAAGUGAAGUAUCAACCAA